GCAGAGGGCCGGUUUAAAUCAUCUCGGUCCAGGGAUUGAGCGAGAGGGGAGGAGAGUGAAGGCUGGCAGGUCGGCACUGGAGAUGGGCAGCACCGUAGGACUCUGCUCCAGUCCAAGGGCUUGGGGAUGUGGCUGGAAUGUCACCCGACUCCUGUGCUUUGCUGCCGUUAGCUGGGUGCUCGUGACUCAGAUGGAAGUGGGAGCCUGGACCUACCAUUAUGGUAACAAAUCUGAUUACUCAUGGGAGCUGGCCAGAAACUUUUGCAGGUCAUUCUACACUGACCUUGUAGCAAUACAGAACCAGGGGGAAAUUGCUUAUCUCAACAGUGUCUUACCCCACUAUAAAACAUACUACUGGAUUGGGAUACGAAAGAUAAAGAAUGUCUGGACCUGGAUUGGUACCAACAAGGUCCUGACGAAGGAGGCUGAGAAUUGGGCUAACAGGGAACCCAACAAUAAAGGGAGGAACCAAGACUGUGUGGAGAUUUACAUAAAGAGGGACCGUGAUGCUGGAAAAUGGAACGAUGAGCACUGCCAAAAGAAAAAGAAGGCGCUGUGUUACCAAGCAUCUUGUCAGCGUUCCUCCUGCAGCCAGCGUGGUGAGUGUGUGGAGACCAUCGGGAACUACACCUGUGAUUGCUACCCUGGUUUCUACGGGCCUGAGUGUGAACAAGCUGUCAAGUGCCCAGCACUGGCCACCCCGGGCAGGGGCCGAUUAAACUGCACUCACUGGCAUGGAGACUUCACGUAUAACUCUACCUGCACCUUCUCCUGUGAGACGGGGUUUGUGCGGAAUGGAUCAGAGACACUGGAGUGCACAGCCCUGGGACAAUGGACAGGGCAUCCCCCGCUCUGUGAAGCUGUCAAGUGUCCAGUGCCGGAUUCCCUGGGCAGAGGCCGAUUAAACUGCUCUCACUGGCAUGGAGACUUCACAUAUAACUCCACCUGUGCCUUCUCCUGUGAGACAGGGUUUGUGCGGAAUGGAUCGGAGACACUGGAGUGUACGGCUCUGGGACAAUGGACAGGGCAUCCCCCACACUGUGAAGCUGUCAAGUGCCCAGUGCUGGCUGCUUCAGACAGGGGCAGAUUAAACUGCACUCACUGGCAUGGAGACUUCACGUAUAACUCCACCUGCGCCUUCUCCUGCGAGAUGGGGUUUGUGCUGAAUGGAUUGGAGAUGCUGGAGUGCACAGCCCUGGGACAGUGGACAGGGCAUCCCCCGCGCUGUGAAGCUGUCAAAUGCCCAGUGCUGGAUUCCCCGGGCAGGGGCCAAUUAAACUGCACUAAUUGGCAUGGAGACUUCACGUAUAAUUCCACCUGCACCUUCUCCUGUGAGAUGGGGUUUGUGCAGAAUGGAUCGGAGACACUGCAGUGCAUGGCCCAGGGACAAUGGACAGGGCAUCCCCCGCGUUGUGAAGCUGUCAAGUGCCCAGUGCUGGAUUCCCCAGACAGAGGCCAAUUAAACUGCACUCAUUGGCAUGGAGACUUCACGUAUAAUUCCACCUGUGCCUUCUCCUGUGUGAUGGGGUUUGUGCUGAAUGGAUCGGAGAAGCUGGAGUGCACGGCCCUGGGACAAUGGACAGGGCAAACCCCGCACUGUGAAGCUGUUACGUGCCCAGGUUUGGCUGCCCCUGGCAGAGGCCGAUUAAACUGCACUCACUGGCAUGGAGACUUCACGUAUAACUCCACCUGCGCCUUCUCCUGCGAGACCGGGUUUGUGCUGAAUGGAUCGGAGACACUGGAGUGCACGGCCCUGGGACAAUGGACAGGGCAUCCCCCACGCUGUGAAGCUGUCAAGUGCCCAGAGCUGGAUUCCCCAGGCAGGGGCCGAUUAAACUGCACUCACUGGCAUGGAGACUUCACGUAUAACUCCACCUGCACCUUCUCCUGCGAGACGGGGUUUGUGCUGAAUGGAUCGGAGACACUGGAGUGCAUGGCUCUGGGACAAUGGAGAGGGCAAACCCCGCGCUGUGAAGCUGUCAAGUGCCCAGUGCUGGAUUCCCCGGACAGAGGCCAAUUAAACUGCACUCAUUGGCAUGGAGACUUCACGUAUAAUUCCACCUGUGCCUUCUCCUGUGUGAUGGGGUUUGUGCUGAAUGGAUCGGAGAAGCUGGAGUGCACGGCCCUGGGACAAUGGAGAGGGCAAACCCCACGCUGUGAAGCUGUUACGUGCCCAGGUUUGGCUGCCCCUGGCAGAAACCGAUUAAACUGCACUCACUGGCAUGGAGACUUCACGUAUAACUCCACCUGCGCCUUCUCCUGCGAGACCGGGUUUGUGCUGAAUGGAUCGGAGACACUGGAGUGCACGGCCCUGGGACAAUGGACAGGGCAUCCCCCACGCUGUGAAGCUGUCAAGUGCCCAGUGCUGGAUUCCCCGGGCAGGGGCCGAUUAAACUGCACUCACUGGCAUGGAGACUUCACGUAUAACUCCACCUGCACCUUCUCCUGCGAGACGGGGUUUGUGCUGAAUGGAUCGGAGACACUGGAGUGCAUGGCCCUGGAACAAUGGAGAGGGCAAACCCCGCGCUGUGAAGUCAUGAGAUGCCCCAAGCUGAGGGGCCUAGAGCCAAUUCUUAUGAAUUGCUCCCACCCUCUGGGAUCCUUCAGCUAUGGGUCAGUGUGUCGCUUCCGCUGCACUCAGGGCUACUUCCUCAAUGGGACGAGCAGGGUUCAGUGCCAGCCUGAUGGGUACUGGUCAGACAAGAUGCCUGCCUGCCAAGGAGAGGCUGCUCCCUAUUUCAAGCAAGUCCUGCUUUAUAUGGGUGGUGGAGCUGUGGCCCUUGUGGCCCUGUUGCUGACAGGAAUGUUCAUAGCUCUGCUAAUCAAGCGUCUCAGUGACAAAGAGGAAGAAAAAAUGCUGCUGAAUCCCACCAGUAACCUGGGAGCACCUGGUGUCUUUACAAAUGCAGCGUUUGACUCCAACUUGUAAGCUAAAGCAGAAGAUGCCCCCAGGAGAGAAGAUCACUGGAAGUAAAAGGACCUGAAGAUGGUACUCAUGCCUCAAUCCUUUUAGAAGCUGUUUUUAAACCUUACUCCUCAGCUCAGCUCUGCCAUCAUCUAGCCCAAGAACUCACAGUCACUGACAGUCAGGGAUUAAACUAACUCUGGUGCACACAUCCAGUUCUGAUCGAAAAUCUGGGCUUGUUCUUCAUCUGACACUGGGCUUCGGUUCACAAUCCAGUUGUAACAUGUAAAGGUCCCCAAGCAUGAGUGGCGGGUGAAGCGCUGGCUCAGGGAGGCUAGCCCCCAAUCCCGCCCCUUCUACCCGAAGCCCUGCCCCUUCCAUGCCCGCCAGAGCCCAGAGACCCACCCCCCUAGUUGCAGGAAGGCGGGGCAGCAUGGCCCCAGCUCAGCCCUGGAUCGUGAGGAGGCCCGGCAAUGCAGCCCCAGCCUCCCUAGCUCCAGAAGGGUGGGCAGCACAGCCCCAGCACCAGCUCCAGCUGGGACCAUGAUGGCACAGGGGAAGAGCCACCCACAGAGUGGGAAGCAGGAGGGGACUGGUGAUGGAGUGUGGGUGAGGCCACACCUCCCCCAGCCUAUGAUACCUGCCGCCCAUGUCCCCAAGCCACUUGUUCCUUCAUCCAUCUGCCUAUUGGAUGCUCAGAAAGGUCCUCCAGAGCUGGGCCCUAGUAUCUACACCCUCAAUCACUCUCUAGUCCAGGCGUUGUCAAACUUUUUGGCCUGAGGGCCACAUCUGGGAAUAGAAAUUGUAUGGCGGGCCAUGAAUACUCACAAAAUUGGGGUUGGGGUGAGGGAGGAGGUGAGGGCUCUGGUUGGGGGUGCAGGCUCUGGGAUGGGGCUGAGGAUGAGGAGUUUCAGGUGUAGGAGGGUGAGCUGC